AUGGACUCCUCCGGCCCCGACGACCCCUCCCCCUUCCCCCCCCCCUACCCCUUUGACUUCCUGGAGUUCCUCAACCACCAGCGCUUUGACCCCAUGGAGACCUUUGACCCCCCCAAGCCCCCCCCGUUCAAUGGACCCAAUGGGGUCAAUGUGGUGACUAACGCGGUGAAUGGACCCAAUGGGGGCAAUGGACCCAAUGGGGUCAAUGGAUCCAAUGGAGUCAAUGGACCCAAUGGGGGCAAUGGUGCCAAUAGGGUCAAUGUGGCGCCCAACGGGAUCAAUGGACCCAAUGGAGCUAACGCGGUCAAUGUGGUGACCAACGCGGUCAAUGGACCCAGUGGGGUCAAUGGAGGCAACGCGGUCAAUGUGGUGACCAACGCAGUCAAUGGACCCAAUGGGGUCAAUGGACCCAAUGGGAUCAAUGGAGUCAAUGGAGCCAACGCAGUCAACGUGGCACCCAGUGGGGUCAAUGGACCCAAUGGGGUGAACGUGGUGCCCCAUGGCGUCAAUGGACCCAACACAGUCAAUGUGGCACCCAAUAGGGUCAAUGGAGCCAAUGCGGUCACCGUGGCACCCAAUGGGGUCAAUGGAACCAAUGUGGUCAACGCACCCAACGUGGCACCCAAUGGAGUCAAUGGACCCAAUGGGGUCAAUGGACCCAACGCACCCAACGUGACACCCAAUAGGGUCAAUGGACCCAAUGCGGUCACUGUGGCACCCAAUGAGGUCAAUGGAACCAAUGCAGUCAAUGUGGCACCCAAUGGGGUCAAUGCACCCAACGUGGUCACCGUGGCACCCAAUGCAGUCAAUGGACCCAAUGGAGUCAAUGCACCCAAUGGACCCAAUGCACCCAACACAGUCACCGUGCCCCCCAACAGCCUCAACGCGCUGGUCCUCGGCCUCACCCCCUCCCCCUCCAUCCUCCCCCCAUUGUCCUCCCUCCCGGUCACCGCCACCCCCCGCCUGUCCCCGUUCCCCCUGUUGUCUCCGGUGCCUCCGGUUGUGUCCGACGGUCCCUUCCCGUGCCCGCUGUGCUGGAAGGUGUUCAAGAAGCCAAGUCACCUCCACCAACACCAGAUCAUCCACACGGGCGAGCGGCCGUUCGCCUGCUCCGUGUGCGCCAGGAGCUUCAACCGCCGCGAGAGCCUCACGCGCCACCUCAAGACCCACGCGGCGGCCGCGCUGCGGGUGACCUGCGGGGUGUGCGCGAAGGAGUUCCGCGCGCCGGCCGCGCUGCUCCGCCACCGGGCGGCGGUACACGGCGAACCGCGGCCUGGCUACACCUGCGAGGUGUGCGGUAAGGGGUACGCAGCGCCACAGAGCCUGUUGCGGCACCGCCAGCGCCAUGUUAGCGGUGUCACCGCGACACCGCCACCAAUGGGUGUCAAUGGGAAGAGCUUCGGUUGCGGUGUUUGCGGGCGCUGUUUUGGCCGCCGGGAGACGCUGAAGCGCCACGAGCGCAUCCACACCGGGGAGAAGCCGCAUCAAUGCUCCGUGUGUGGCAAACGCUUCCGGGAGUCCUUUCACCUCACCAAACACCAUGUGGUGCACACCAGAGAGCGGCCAUACAAGUGUGAGCUCUGCGGUAAGGCCUUUGGGUACCCCCAAAGCCUCACGCGGCACAAGCAGAUCCACCGGGUGACAACCGGUACUGGUACAACCGACGGGAUGAGUUACGGUUGUACCGAGUGCGGUGAGCGCUUCCCAGACCUCCUCUGUGCCAUGGGGCAUAAGGAGGCACAUGCCAUAGAACAACCGUAUCCGUGUGAUGUCUGUGGCAAAGCCUUUGCCUACCUGGAGAACCUCAUGUGGCACAAGCUGACCCACCAACAACAACCACCGGCGCCGGUUGUGCCGCGACAACCGGAUUCACCACCGCGCUCAGCGCACGGCACACGGCGCUUCCCAUGCGCUCAAUGCGGUUGUGUCUUCCGCCGGUUCCUAGCGCUGGUAACGCACAAGUACCAUCACCUCCCAACACCGCGACGCAACAACCCGACCUGCACCCAAUGCGGCCGCCGCUUCCCCGGCGCCUUCGCGCUGUUGCGGCACCGCCGCGCUCACCGCCGCCUGUGCCGCGGGUGCGGACGGCAGUUCUGGGCCUCGCGGCUGUUGCGCCGGCACCGGCGCCGGUGCCGCGGUAACAACCGCGGUUACCGGUGCCUGUCAUGUGACCGGCGGUUCCGGUGCCGCCGCCGACUGUACCGGCACCGGUUGUUGCACUCGGCCCUUCGGUGCCGACGGUGCCGGAGACGGUUUGCGGGUGCUGAGGAUUUGGUGAGGCACCGGAAACGGGAGCAUGGGGGGGGCACCGGAAGUACCCGAGUGUUUCCGAGCGGGGCCGGAAAGAGCCGAAGCUCGGCCGGAAGUUGCCGAGCGCGGGGCCGGAAGUUGCCGAGCGGAGCCGAGUGGGGGUCGAGGCCGCUGAGGCCUAGUGAGGGCCUGGGAGGUACCGGGAGCAACCGGAACCGGAACCGGAGGUACCGGAAACAACGGGAGCGAGAACCGGAGGAUCGGGGUCCGGAAGCACCGGGAUCGAUAUCGGGAUCCGGGAUCCGGGAGCUACCGGUAACACCGAGAUCGGGAACCGGAAUCAUCGGGAUCAGGAUCCGGGAAUAACCGGAAGUACCGGGAUCGGGAUCCGGAAGUACCGGUAGCACCGGAAGUACCGGUAGCACCGGAGGCACCGGAAGUACCGGGAUCGGGAUCCGGAAGUACCGGUAACACC